UCCAAUUAGUAAGGUCUCAGACUCAGCCUGAGUUGAUAAUGGACACCAAGAACGCAGAACGUCAGGAGAGCAGAGUGAAUGAAAGACUGGAUGAAGUUCUUGGUGCUGAGGGCAAGGCUGAAAGUCUUUCAUCGCACGUGCUACCUGAUCUUUUAAGAUACAAGAACCUAAUUUCAAAAGGAUAUAAAUUUGACGGUGAAACAGUACACUUCCAAGAUCCAGUGGAGCAACACUCGGGCGGGAGAAUUAUUGCUAUGG